AUGGCAUUCAUACGACGAGCACCUCUUCUACGCUGUCUGCCAUUGGUUGUAGUAUGUAUUCUAACACCGACGCUCAUCCAAACCAUACACCAAGAUGCCAUGUUUACUCCUUCUAUGCUAUGUCAUUAUGAUGCCGAGGAGAAGAUGGCUGAUUGCCGUGAUCAUGGGUUGGACUCCAUCCCUCAGAAUCUUCCAAAUGAUAUUAACGAACUGGACGUCGCGUUGAACAAUAUCACUUUCAUCUUGAGUUAUUCUUUCAAGAAAUACCCUUUGAUCCAGGUCUUGGAUCUUUCCUCAAACGACAUCAGAAUGAUAGAAUCUGCAUCCUUUUACCCUUUAAAGGGAUUGAAUCACUUAGACCUAUCAUUGAACCCUAAUCUUGUUCUCCCAGCUGCAGACCUUUUCAGGUGGUCUAAGAACCUGUCCACCCUGGAACUGAUGGGCUCGAACCUAAAUCUGCUUCCAAAUGACACUCUGAAAUGGAGCUCGUCUGUAGAGUCUAUAUUCCUUGAAAUCAACAAACUCACUUUCGUUAACAUGAGCCUUUGUGGCAGAGCAAAGAAAAUUGACUUGGCUUAUAAUAAAAUCGAGCACCUCAACGCAGAAUCUUUCAUCUUCGGUUGUCGAAGUGAUCAUGUGGAUCUGAGAAAGAAUCCUAUUAAAUCAGUAGACCCGAACGUUAUUGCAUCGUUGCGUGUCCGAUUUUUGUUGCUUGGAGACUACACUAUGACACUUAAGACACUGAAGGAUAUUUUUAGCGGGAUCUGUCGCUCUGAAAUAGUAAAGCUCGCUAUAACUGAUGCCAAUUUCAGAGUCUUGCCAAGAGAUUUCUUUGGUCACUUGCGUAAUUGCUCUCUUUCCGUGCUUCAAUUCACAGGCAACCAGGUACAAUCUCUAUCUCCGUACGUGUUCUCAAACUUGACAAGACUCGUGGAACUUGAUCUAUCGUACAACAGAAUUCAAUCCCUCUCUCCAUAUGUGUUCUCAAACUUGACAAGACUCGUGAAACUUGAUCUGUCGAUAAACAAAAUCAUCACUGUUGAACCGGUAUUCUUUCAAGACAUGCGGGAACUAAAAGUUUUGAACUUGAACUCCAAUAAAAUAAAAUAUAUAAAUCCAAAUACUGACGUAUGGGCACUGGACUUGAAUGAGUUGCACUUACGCGGCAAUUCUUUGACAAAAAUCUCAGCGUUCACAUUUUUCGGUAUGCCAAAUCUAAAGCUGUUAGAUCUAAGCUUGAACAAAGCCCUUAUCCUGGAAAUCAAGUCAUUUUCGGAACUGACGGGAAUUCAAACCAUCGCCUUGAACUAUUGCAGUAUUUACGGAUUUCAACCGGUAGCCCCGAACUUAACAACCCUGUACCUGAAUGACAUGAACAGCCUAAUGGUCUUUAGGCCUAAAAUAUCCUUCAAAGAUUCACAAGGCCUUGUAGAUUUGGAAAUCCGUAAAUCGAAGCUAUUGUCCUCUGAUCUCUGGGAUAAAACCCUGAAUAUCUCUCUUUUUCACGGAUUGUCUAAUCUUAUUACUUUGGAUCUAAGCCACAAUUAUUUAGACCUUUACGAUCCAGAAGACUUCCCAGCUAGGAUCUUCGAACAACUCUCUGCUCUUCAGAACCUUAGUUUAAAAGCCUGUCAUAUUUCACGCCUUCAUCAUUUAGCUUUUAAGGGAUUGGAAUCGCUUCGGGUGCUAAAUUUACGUGGAAAUGUAAUUCAACAACUUAAUUUCGAUAUAUUCAAAAUGUUAGAUCAAGUGACAAUUAUCAAUCUUGAUGACAACCUUUUGACAUACCUCGAUGAACAACUAUUCUCAAACAAUCCCAGACUGACUUCUCUUUUGCUAUCAAACAAUAGAUUAACCCGUCUCAACCAAUCGACAUUUGAACCGAUAGAAUCGUCGCUUCUAUCUUUAGAUUUUUCAUUGAACCCUAUCAACUGUAACUGCGAUCUACAAUGGUUCCGUGAUUGGAUGAGUGGACAUAUAAACAUCAUUGACGAGAUCAGAACCGUCUGUUCAUCGGCAUCUUUAGAGCCUCUUCGCGAAAAACCUUUAAUUGAUUUUAAUCCCAGUAAACUUUGUGGAUUUAACAUUGCUCUUGUAUGCUUGACUCCUCUCGCCGGCAUUUUCUUGGUUGUCAUCGUCGUAGUCCUUUACCACAACCGAUGGCAGUUGAAGUACAAAUUCUUUCUCUUGAAACUAAUGGUAAUUGGAUAUAAAGAGAUGCGAGACGCCCGGGACCACAACGACUACGAGUAUGAUUUGAAUAUCAUCUUCUACGAUGACGACGAAGAAUGGGUUCGUCACCAACUCCAACCAGCUCUGGAAGAACGGCUUCCGCAGUUCCAGAGGAAUGUCUUUGGUGAUCAAGACCUCAUCAUUGGUAUGCACUAUCUGGACGCCGUCGACUACGUGGUGAGCCAUAGUUACAAAACCCUCAUUCUACUCAGCAGAGCCGCCGUGCACGAUCGUUGGUUCAUGCUCAAAUUCCGCACCGCCAUGGACCAUGUGAGCGAUACCGAGACCGAAUUCGUAGUCGUGGUCUUUCUCGAAGACAUCCCUGACGAGGAGAUACCAUUUUUGGCAAGGUUAUAUUUAAGCGACGGCAGACCCUACCUACAUUGGACCAAGGACGUGAGAGGACACAUUUUUUUUUUUAAUAAACUGGUGAAAAAUCUCACCAUUAAUCUCAGGACCAAUGACUUGAUCCCAAACGAGUAG